AUGGGGUGGGAGGAGGAGGAGUUUACGGCGGAUAAACGAUCAGACGGUCAAAUGCACAUAAGUGACACGGUUGCUGCUCCUCCUGUUGCUGCUGCUGCUACUGCUGCCAGUUCUGCCGCCGCCGCCAUCGCCACCACCACCACCAAACCUUAUGUAAUAAUUGUCAAGCUUGGGGUGCGCUAGCAGGACAUAGCAACCGGUAGGUAACUCGGCUUCUAGUCACACAUCUCUCGGACGAAAGAUCGAAAACAGGCCGUCAAAGAAAACACACACACACGUACACAUGCGCGCGCGCACGCACGGAACCCUGUUUCCGCAACUGAUAGGAAAAAAUUCCAUUUUCUGAGCCGCCGUCGGCGCCAGGGUAAGAGAAGCCGGAGCAGGUCACUGAUCAAAGCGCACCGCACAGAGUCUAAUCAAGCCCGGCAGGGGUUGCGACCAGAGGUUUCAGUUUGCAACAUGAUCCCUAGAGAAGUCCUCUUGGUCCUAGUAGUCACCCUUAACCCCCUUCCAACAAGCAGCUCGUAUACUCUGUAUCACUGUCUGGCUAACUGUCUGAAUGGGCGCUAUCGAGUAGAUAGAAUCGGAGGGGGGAAGAGGGGGGGGAGGACCGGGGAGAAGGACUGCCGCACCCCCAGGUGACAGUCAUCAAAGGAGUGCGAAAAUUCCGAUUGCCCCCAGCCGACAGAGGGACAUGACUAACCUUUCUUGUUUUGAACAUGAGCUCAAUGACGAAAAAAGCCUAAAAUGUCACUCAGUAGUCUGUCUACAACUUACAACCACCAUCGUUGUCAUCAGCAUCUCAGGAAGUUCUGUCGUCGCUCGACUAGAUGGGUGUCCUUAUUGGGUUUUUGGUUAGACGGCCAAGGGAGUUUGGGGAGGGCACUUGGUGUAUGAAGUAAAAUUUUACUAAAACACACACCUCGUUAGUGGAAAUCAGUAGACAGUAAACAUAAACACAUGUCUCUUAAUUAGUUACAGCCUUGGUUCCCAUCGGUUCGCAAUUACACCAAAUAUACGGCAUCAGAAAAUUGAAACAAGUAUUCAUAUGACGAUGAAAAAAUUGUGCUUGUGAGAGAUAAACACCUACUACUUCAAAACUUGAAGGUCGAGGUAACGCAGAUCCUGGCUCAGAUGCGUGUCUCUUUGAACUAUCUUCAUACAAAGAGUCCUUUUGUACAUUAAAACUAGCAUGCGGUCCAAAUACGAUUUUGUAAAAUUUGUUAUCCUUUUCGCCCCCUAAAUGACCCCAACUGCAGUCAUUCACUUAUUUCAGGUGGCCCUAGCCAUAGUUCAGUCGAGGAAAUACAUAUGUCCGUGAUGAUGAUUUUAACUUUAUCCUACUUUAAACCUAUUUGGACGGCAGAUUUUGCGACUAACCUUUACGGCUUCUGUUGCGUAGACAGACGUGCAGUCUACAGUAAGACAUGCGACGCAAAUUAGCUGGUGGACACAAAAUUUUUUGAAGUAGAUUCAUCCCCUCACUAAGAUUGGACGCAACUAUUUCCAAAUGAAAUCCAAAAAUGAAGGAAAAUUCUGUGUUAGUUGAAAGACCGCCAGAGAGGCCCGACCUCUUGAUGAUCAAAGGGAAAACCAGCGUUGACAGCGAGGAUGUUCAUGCUUCUGGCAAGCGAACAUGGGAGGAGGAGUACAUUACAUCAACACGGUGAACCUGAUCAGCAAACACAUAUCAUGUGGUAUUAACUAUUAUCGAUGUCCGCGGUGUGAUAACGGGCCCGUGGCCCAGUGGUUGAGCGUUCUGUCUAAAAGCCAUAGGUGACCAAGGAACCUGGUCCUCCGAACCCAGGGUUGGGUAUAUCUGGCUGAUGACGGCCAUUAAGUCAGAAAUUGCCGUUCCAGUCGCCAUUGUCUUUGUUGGCAUUCCAUCCUGUAUCGUAAUGGCUGCCUGCGAGGGUUUUAGAUUAAACUCAAGAUACAGCGGGAUGAGCAUGUCCCAUAACUUGGUCUGCAAAUGAGCGCGGUGCCGCCAGACCAUUCACUUCUACCUUCCACCCUCUACGCAGUAAAUAGACAGAGCUCCCGAACAGCGGUUCAUGGAGACAGCCAGGCGAAUUAAUUACUCUGUUCUGGCUGUUUAACCUGCCCGAAUAAACAUUGACUGAAUCGUCCACCUGAAUCUUCCUGACAGUCUUCUGAAGGACGAGGGGACAGCGUUUGUACGUUUCCGUAACAGAAGUCACAAAUUAGAGCUUUCAAUGCGGUACUUUUGUAUACACGCAUGCUAUGAGGUUGGGCUACGUGUUUAAACUGCACUCUUCUGCGGUAAGGCACUUCUUUUAAAGGAUUUGAGUUCUGGUGUCAGUCUUCGUCUUCUCAGGUCUCUUGUCUAGGAGAGGCCUCCACAGACCAUCUUGAUUCUUCUGGUGUUCUGUUGAAAAAGGACACAAUCGCCCAAGGCGGAUGUUUAAUAUAUUCUCUCCUUUCACUAUAAAAUGUGUUUCUACAUUCCACGUACAAGUUUUUACAAGGAAAAGCUCUUACAAAGAAGCAUUUUUGGAGCUAAAGCUUUUUCACAAGCUUUCCUUUCAUACCUUUAUAUUCCUGUAGCCAGCUUUACAUUUGCCAAUCUUUGAGCCAGGUCUUAUGUAAUCUCGCAGCUUCCCCACUUAGGGCGAAAGUUUUUUAAGCCGCCUUCAUUGAAGAUACCUACCGUUACCUUAGAUGCCCGUCACCUAGGCCACAGUCCUCCUACUCCCCCCCCGCAACUAACUUGUCAGAAUCUGAAAGCGCCGCGCUUUCGGAGAACUAAGACUACCUUCUUGAUCUUAAUCACAGCAACACCACUUGCCUGUCAGGGAGCCGCGAAUACAGGGUGACUGAUCUCUCUGAUCAAGCCGACAAUCUAUCGGGCCAGAUACCGAGGAAACUUACUUUCGUUCGGCUCAACUUUCAGAUCCCAUCUUCUAAGUGCCCCUGCUUCCUCCAGCGGUGUUUCCUUUAUAAAUGAAUGGAAUGUUUACUAGGGCCGUUUGAACACAGCAUGCACUUUCAGUCAUUUUGCUAACAAUCCAAAUAACUAAUUGUUGAGCUGCCGUUAGUUAAAAUUCAAUUUCAUUUUGUUUUUGGCUUUUUGUUGUGAUCAACUCUGAAAGCGACUUUUUCGAAAAGGAGUGAUUUGGUUAAGAAUGCUCCAAAAAGUUUAACGAGAAUGGCACUUGAACUUGAUAGACGAUCUUGUAGUAAAUUGGUGAGAAAAAUUUGCUGGGUUGAGCCAAUACCGCUGCACUCGUAACUCGGGUGGUUGGAGCGUUAGCUAUACACAGGCCUUAAAUUCGCUGUCGUUAGUUCGAACCUCACCGAGGCCGCCAAAUUUCUUCUUAAUUGCGUCAGACAAAUUAUACAGAUUUGUCGAAAAACUAAUUAAGCGAUCCUGGCAAUCAUCUGAUGGAUUCUAGACUGGUUACUUGAGAAAUCCUGUCGGAGUAUUCAGCUUGCUGUAUCAGAAUUGGUGAAUUCCGUAUGCUGAAGUUGGCUGGGGGGGGGGGGGAAAUUGGGCUCGCAGCCGGGGUCUCUUGACUCAUUUGGUUCGGGCCUUACCCGUACACAAGCCUUGCACUUGCAGUCGUGGGAUCAAACUCCACCGAGACUGCGAAGGUUUUGCAAUUGAGUCAGAUGAAUUGUGAAAACUUAUCAACAACAUUUAUUGUUGGAUUUUGCAGAUAACACCGUGAUGCUCACAUUCAUGCAUUUAAGGAGGGCAUUUUUACACUCACUAUCGUUUCAUCAAACUGCCAACGCAGGUACUAAGUGAGAAGACAGGCAUGUGUUCUGCCGAUUUACUGCCGUCACACAACGCCGCUGGAAGGGCUUGGCCUGUUACUCCAUCUCCAGGGUUCUUACUGGGUUGGUUUAAUAUAAAGUACAAACUUAUGAGUUGAUUUUAAAGGAGAGAAUUGCAAGUAUACUCUAAUUUACUCUCAAAGCUUGGAUAGUGGCAUGUUUAAGGGGGACGUGAGCGCAGUGCACAUGUUUUUGUGCAGUAAUAGCGCUUUUAACUGGCCAACUGUCAUUGAAGGUAGUUAACGCUGACAUUAUGUAUAUCUAGCCCGAAAUUGCAUAGCUUUAGCGACUGAGCUGGGGGGAGGGAGUGUAGGAACGGAACGGCUGAAUGGGAUGAUGUGGCACAAACUAAGUACUCGACCUUCCAAAAAGGGCCAAUGCUAUGGAGAAUUUUUUCCGGUAAUUAAACUGCGAAAUGGUGCAAAUUUUAAGCGUACACGAGCUUCUUAUCCAGACUUGUUGAGGUUCUGUGUAGACCAUUUGGAAAAGCGCUUGACUGAAGAGGCAAAGAAAACACAGACUGGAAUUACAGUCAGUGGCCGGCCUCAUAAAAUGUUGGCCGAACUAAUGAAAUGUGUUUUCUACUACGAAGAAUUAUUUUAAGUGGAGUUGUAAUACUGAUUAUCUUGCGGCAUAAGGCUGUGAUAUUUCGGACACGCCAAGAUGCUGGCUUCUAAAUGCACUUCUUUUCAGUCGCCUUUUCACUCAGUAAAAAUCGCUACUUCAGUAUCAGGCAUUCUUUCCCCCGAUUUUCGGCAUUCUUAAAAAUUUAAAUAUAUUUUGUUGAAAACAUGUGCAAAAAUAUGUUUAUACUCAUUUAGCAUCAAAUCACUUCUUCGAACUUUUUACUUGAUAAAAUGUCAUCUUUCGCUUUUAAAAAAGCUUUUCAAUAACAAAAUAAGUUUGAGCUCGAUCUGCUUCUGCAUUCGCAUUCAAAGUUUUCAGUCCACUACGUAUACACUUUCCAUGUAAUGAAAAACACCCAUUUCUCUAUGUCAUGAAGUAGAUGCCAAAUAAGGCACAUCAAAGUUUGCACCGAUUUAGGCUAUGCUGCAUGCUUCGUGAGAAGUCUUAGCAAACGGAGAGAUUUUGUGCUAUUUGAACAGCCAUUGCACGCCAUUUAAAAUGUCAUAACUAGAAACUUCAUAAAACCCAAAGAUAACAUUUCCUCGAUUACAAAAUUUGAAGAAGACGUGAUUUGCUACUAAGUGAGCAUGAGAAAAGUUAUUUUCAUGCAUGUUUCCAACUAAAUAUAACUAAAUUUAUAGGACUGUCGAAAGUCAAGUGAAAAGAUGCCUAGUACUUAAGUAAUCAUUUUCUGUCAAGUCCAGUUAUUGCAGGCGACUGGUGGAACUACAUUUAGACGUCAGCAGUCUGGUUUAUCCGCAGAAGCACAGCAUUAUGCCGCAAGAUAAUCAGCAUUACAAUCCCACCUACGGAAUCCCUCCUAGCAGAAAAUACAUCUUAGAAUCUUGGUCAACAUUUAAUGAGGUCGGUCACUGACAGCAUAUUUCAAGGUUUAUUUUACGAUAACCUAGAAUUUUUCAUGGCAGUUUGGUAGGUCCUGAUAGGCACGCAGUCAUCUGAUAGAGGGGCGCUUACCAAUCGUUUUUUACGGAACACAUUCGUCCCGUUGUGCCCUACGGGCUCUCCUCGCGCCCAACCAGCAGCCGCGCAUAAGAGCAUGAUAUAGGCAGAAUAAAAAACGAUCGGUGAGCGCCCCUCUACCAGUGUACAUUCCCGGUCGCAACCGACAGGACCACGAGCCCGUUGCUCAGUGGUUAGAGGCGUUGGACUUCUAAUUAACAGGUCGCGGGAUCGAGCUCCAGGUGUCCCACACUUCGUGGUUGGGCAUGACUGGCUGACGACGGCUAAUAAGCCAGAAAUGACCAUACUCGGCGAACCUUCUAUAGGGCGAGGUUGUCUCUCAGCACCCUCACUGAGUAGACCUUGGUGCCUUGUGGUGCUAUCUAGGAGUGUCUUGCCUACCUCCCAAAAUUUCCAAAGAAACUGACUGUGUAUCACUACUUCGUACUGUUCAAGCAUGUACGACAUUCAUUCAGAUUGGGAAGGAUAUUUUGCAGCUAUUUGAAAGCUAUGCCCUCAGCUAGUAUCGACACACAUACAACCACCUUAUAUAUUCCAUUUGAUAUUUAACGAAACAAUCUCCUAGCUAACUACCAACAGGCAAAGCGUAUGGCGAAAAGACUCGCCUCACAAACGACUUCAGGCCAUCUUCAGCCCGUCUAUUUAAAUGGAUUCUCUGGAAAGCGCUGUGUUACGACAAGUUGAUUUUGGUGUCAAUGGACCUACGGUAACGUUAUCGUAGUUAAUAGACUGACACUCAUCCAGUGAGUCGGACCCCUAAUAUGAUUCCACUCUUCUAGGAGUUUUAUGGAAAAACGCUGUUGGUAAAAGGUAAACUUGAAGCACAUUCGCCCGGUCAACCGGGUAAAACCUCAAAUGUUCCGUCUAGUUUAGACUAUCUCUUCGAAUUAACCAAGGACUCUCCGUGGUGAUUAAAUACGCCUAUUUUGUUGCCACCUAGACAAGUCUAUUUUUCCGUCCUCUUGCCUGUGUCGAACGAGCGAAUGGAUUCUACUUAUUUAUGAAACCACGAUUUUUCAUGAUAUAGUGUUAAAAAGUGAACAACACCAUAUUUCUAUGCAAAGUACAACAUUUUAAAUUCAUUUCUUUCGAAGUUAGGCCCUUCUUCACGAGUGGAUUUGUUACUGCGCCGAGAGCCUAGUUAUGCAUCAGGGAGUCUCCAGCAAUUCAAGAAGCCCGAAAUAAGCCUUUCUGCCUGUUAUUUCCCACGGGCUUGCAAGAGCCUAGCCAAAGCUGUCCUUUGGAAGGCAGGGCUUUCAACUUUACCAGGCGAACCCAAGUAAAGACACUGACAGUGUGGGGAGUGUCCGGUUAUAGCGUUACACAGACUGCGAUAGCCACCCUGCGAUCAUCUAAAUUCAAAUUCAUCUUGAAAGGAAUCGGUCGGCGUCAUUUAGUUUGUAGACAUGAGUCAGAAGCGAGGCCUAGGAAGGCUAAUUAUUACGUCAUGUUUUUUCAAUUGGCGUCUUGAGUUCGACACAGGUUCAUUUGGUCCUUUCGGUGCCUUCAAAAGAUGCCGACAAAUUCCUCUUGUCUGUGCACCACAAUGAUCGCCUUUGUUGCUGCUGAUGAUAAGUCCACAGCAGGUGUCGAGAGGGCGAUUUGCAUACCUUUAUGCGCUUCUUGGCCCAAAUGAUUAAAGCGAACUCUGUAAAAAGUCACCGGUAUCCUGAGAAUCGGACCUUCGAUAUUAUCUAAGAAAUAUAAAAGUCAAAGAACAAUGGAGAAGAAAAGAUGACAAAUUUAAUUUAAAAUAAGCAUAACCUUUGGAACUUUGAGUCUCGGUAAAUCGUUCGAUUCGACGCUCAAUAAUCAAAGAGUCCGAAGGCGACAGUCAAUCCAGUCACGACAAGGUUCUACAUCGCCGGUUGGUCGACAGAAACAACAAAAGCGCGCUGAUUUUGGGUGCGUUUGAGGAUUUCACUGUUUUUGGCAUUUGUCAUACGCUGAACGAGGUACUGGAAACCCAGAAUCAAAAAAUUGCAAAAUACAAAGAAAAGGUUUGGUUUAUGGCGGGGGUUUCUUACUCCUGAGAGUAAUUAUGAUAAAAGAAAUAACUGACGAUAUUUAUUUUUACGUGCCAAAAAAGAAAUAAAAAGACCUCGCAGUGGCUACUGCAUGAGGAUGAUCAGGAUGCUUUAAGGUAAUCAUCGGAGUAAAAAUACGACAAUUCAUUCUUUUUUGACAAUGCUUGCAAAGAGACACUUACUUUAUUUACUAUUAUCAUUAAAUGGUAAAAAUGGUGUCCCCUUUUUAAUCCGUGACAAUAUGGAGAACCAAAAUUUGUGAUACCACAAAGUUCUUAGACGUUCGGCUAUUUUGCUAAACAAAAGUGCUCCCUCGGGUAAAUAACCCUGGCCAUAAACCAUACCUUUGCCAAAUGGCGUUUCAACAGACUUUUCGACAGAUUUACCACGGGGAUGGCCGCACAACGAGCUCGGCCAAACUAAUAGACUGAAUUACAGUCAAGUCUCUGAAACAACGCAUUCAAUGACGGGAAAAUCUGUACCUGGGCUUUAGUUAGCAUUCGUUUUGGGUAUUUGACAGUUUCUGACUUAAUCUCAGUAUUUGUCCAAACAGACGUAGUAAUCUCGUGGCCUAUGUCCAAAAGUCGUGACUUGGACCAGUCACCUCAAGUGCUUUCACUUGUACAACUGGAAAGCGUCGGUUCAAUAUUAUUAACUGGACUUGUGCCAAAAAACCUGUGAGAGCCAAAGACCUGCUGCAGAGUCGAACCUCUUGAAGCAGCAUCAUUCAGCUGACGAAAAGUCAAUGGAACACGUGGCCGGGAGUGAAAUCAAGGCCCCUCUGUGUAUUGAUUCCCCGUUUUGUGCUGCUUAUCCGCAACAACGGAUCUGUCACGUUUGCAUUUUACUCUACUAAUGCAACUUUACUAGCUUUGAGGCAAGCGACAGGUUCCACCAUUCCACUCAAAGUGAGCGCAGCAGCGACUUUCCAAAAAAGUCGUUUAAAUCGAAGUACGAUUGCGCUCUACUCACUUCACAUGCCCAGCGUUCUGAUGGUAAAAGAACGUCCAGACUACCUGAAAUCAGAGUGGGUGCAGUUUCUGGCAAUCCUAAACACCGUCUGCCAGUGUCACGCACUACAUUGUCCCUCGCUCUGCAUGUAUCGGACUUAAAUAUGAGGUAUCGGAUCUCGUGCAGACGAGAGUACUGUACUGAUAAUGUCACUAAGCAGCCAUUGCAGUCGGCCCUGAGUAGGAGCAAACUACACCGUCAGUCGGUAGCCUUCUAAGUUGCGAAUUUUAGUGCAUCAUUUAGUCGCUUGUUAUGAGAAACUUAGACGAUGGAUCUGAGUUGGGCCGAUCUCAUUUCUUCUUCCUUCGUUCAUGCAAUAGUAACUUAUGGUAGUCGAAUCGACUGGGAGUGAAGAUGGGCAUUUGUUGGCAGUAGGUGAUAUUGCCAGCCGGUGCGUACCACAUACGGACUUCAGCUUAAAAGAAGUAAAGGGUGCCAUUAAGGCUACCGUAAUAAUGAACUAUUACAGUCUACUUCUGGUUCAAAAGAAUGACGGACUUAUCGUUGGAAGGGCAUUUGGCGAUCAGGUGAGGGAGAUGCAUGUUCCGUUGCGCCUUCGAAGUUAAUCGAGAGCUCAUAUAGGCGGUCCCGUAGUGACUAGUAAUAUAUGCAGGGAGAAAUUUCUGACGAAGAAAAGGCGGACUGGAAUGACCGCUUCUGGCUUGCUAAUCGUCAUCAGUCGGUCAAGCUCAACUCCAACCUCGAAUCACCGGAGAUUCAAACCUGGAUUUUCCGGUCAUUGGGCGUUAAGUAGUCCAGCGCACUGGCACUGAACCAUUGUUCCGUUGCUCUGUCGGCUGGUAUGAGGAAUACUCACGAUCGUAUGAGCAGCUUUCAGCGAUUUCGACCGACAAUUCAGGGUCCAAUUACCAAGAGGCCCGGGUUCGAACCUCGGGCCACGUGGACAUGGGAUUUGAUGUGGCCGACUGACCGGCUAAUAAGCCAGAGGUGGCUAUUGCAGUUUCCCGUGUUCUGUUCGGUGAUGCAAUUUUCCUGUUGGGUGACAGCGUUCCAAAUUGCGAUUUUUGAUUCAUCGCGAUGGUCUAAAAAGGAACUGAAAUUGGGUAUGAUGUUUUGCGUGGCUUCAAAGGCAAGCGCGCUAAUCCUCCAUUCCACACUUAUCCCCAUUCAGGGCGUUUCGCCAAUCAUAAAAUUCUAGCAAAUUGCACCACAUGGCUGUUGCUUGAGCGAAACGUCACAUUUUGCCAAUAAUCGAGGUGUGUACGCCUGUGACCGAAUGGGUUCAUGCAUAGUCCAAAUGUGUUUGCGUGCGCAUGCAUUAAAAGUUUCUAUAAGGGAGGUGUGAUCCAUGCAGUUUUACCGAAAGUUUAAAUUUUGCAUGCGCAGCCUAAGGGGCCAACUCGUCGGCUGGAUGUCCUGGGACAGUGUGGACAGGGAGACUGACUAACGGACAGUUGUUGAUGUUCCCAGCACUGAUCCUCUGCUCGCACAGCCACUAGCUCGCAGGUGACCGACCCGUCCAAUGCGUGGUUAGAAUAUGCAUUUGCAGUAUGUACAAGCUGUCACAUUGCCUGGAUUCUUGACUUCUCAGUAACCGAAGCUUUCUAACUGGAAUUUUUUGCAGGAGUCUUACUGUUUCCCGCAGGGGGGCAAGUAGACGAGGUCGGCAUUGGUCCCCACCUAACGGAGUUAGCCCACGCUUUCCCCGCAGGCUGCAGGUGGUCUGCUGAGGACACAUCUAAAGUGCUCAACUUAACAUUUUAGAAUCUGCAAUUUCUCCAUCAGUUGGCUCACUCGGCAUGAGAUGAGCAUCGGUGUAGUUCUUAUGGACGACUGACUAGGUGUAAGUUUUGUGCGUACCAAGCCACGGGUGCCUGAUCUUCGCUGACAGAAUCAGGAUCCAAAUAGUUUUAGUAUCUAGCGGAAGCCUCGCGCCUUACCUGGCUUCACCUGCAGGUCAGUGAAGGUCAUCGGAUUGUGACCGCUGCGCAGAUCACAGCAAUCUGGAUAUUCUUACGUGGCCGAAGUGGCAGUUACUCUACUGCUACAGGUCCCUUAGUUAGGGUGACCCACCCCCGAGCUGCAAUUUGUCCAGUAUGAUUCGAGCAAAGAACUCACUGUAACAUUGAGUAGCCUGCACAAUUAGCUAGAAAUUUUGUCGAAAUGACGGCGACCGCAAUUAAGCUGGGGCAGAUUCGCAUCUGCGACUUCCGUUUCACAAUAUGGAGGCAAAGUCUAAAUUUCAACCACCCUCCACCAUGCGCCGACUCGUCACGCAGACAGUACGUCAGCACCGCUAUCACACCAACCCCAGGCCGGCAGGACCCAGGCUCGGACCUGCGCUCCUUGGUCACUGUAUAUUAAGUUUGGUGGAUUUUAUCCUAUAGUCAGAAUGGACCGGUUGACACAACUUCUCGAUCGCAUUUGAGAGGACGGCGAUCCUGUGUCUUAGUGGCAUAAUGUUUUACUUAACGAUCAAUGGCGAGUGAAUACCGUUUAGAUUCCCGGUUCCUUUCAUUCUGUGCCUGACAAUUAAAAGGAAAACAGAAAUGGUAAUUUUAGUUUCGUUUGCUUUCCGUUACCACUCUUCGAUUAUUGCUCGCCCUUGGAAUUGUCGCUUGUCUUCGCAAAUUUGUCGAGCUUUAAACCGAUUAUUUUCAGCUUCACAGUGGGGACAGGUUUCGAAGUCAGAUUUAGAUGCCACGAGAAGGUGACCCCUUAAGAAGCCGCAAGAGCCUGAAGCAGACAGUGGCAGAGACGGGCAGUGCUCAAGUAGGGUGAUGAAGGUAGCUAAUAUUUCCAAAUUAUCCACUUCAACUUCAGUCAGACACGCCUUGGUAGCAAUCCACCACCUGGAACGCGCGGGUGCACCGACCGCGCAGGUGGUCCACAUGUGAAGCGGACGACCUAUUUCACGAAAUUUUAACCGAUAUUCUGAAAAUCGUUUUCAGUUAAAAAGAAUCACUUUACUAGAGCUGCAAUGCAGAUUAUCGUGCGGCGUCACCUCAAGAUAUUUCACUCACGCCAGAAUGUAGGUUUUGAGUGAACUUAUUUCCAGCUCAGUUUCAAGAAGCCCGUUCGAUAAAAAAGUGACUAAUGGCGUAGUAUGAAUUUUCCCAUCGAUGUUCGAUGCAUUUAUGAAAUCAAGUAUACUUUAUGGAAAACAUGCACUAAAAUAAUUCACCCUUGCAAUCAUUUGGUAGCAAACUACGCCUUCCUAUUAAUUCAUGUUUUGGUAUAUUUGAAUAAUUUGUUUAACCCACUUGGGGACAACUCGAAGACUUCGUUGGGAUUCAAACCCACGACAGCAAGCGUACGAAUUGUGUGCACUCGACAUUCCCACCACCUGCGCUUCGAGUCCCCACCAGGAUUCUAGAUUGAUUCCUUAGGGAAUCCUGCUUAGACAGGCAGCUCAGUGUGCCAGAAGUAGUGGUUUCCGUGCGGGCAGUAGGCUGAGCGAGAAACUUGACCCAAAUCUGCUUAAGCUCACGGUUCCCCGAGAGGUCUGGUACCUCAAUUAGUGAGAGCGUUGGCUGUACUCAAGCCGUGCCAUUAUUCACAUGGAUUCGGAACCCGCCAAGGCCGCCGAGGUUUUUUGUCCUUGAGUCACUUGUGUUUUCUUCAUACUUUGUUUCGGAAGAAAGGGUUUAUCUGGAUUUGAACGGGUUUCUCGGGUGGGACACGGAAAUAUUGGCUUUGAUUUAAAUCCCAGGGUUCGGAUUAGAAUUAAGACUAGAGUUAGCGUCAAAACACGGGACCAGGCAGCCCUGGAAUUCGGCGCAAGCCUGCGUGUAAUUUUCACUCCUCUCUCCUAUCAUUUGCAAUUUCAGGGUAAUUUUAAACUGUAUCAGCCGUUACAUUUGCGCUUGGCGUUUACAAAACACGUGCUUCACUCGUUACAUGCGGGUAGAAUCACCUAUUCCUCUACGCCGUUAAAAUGAUGCCAUAGAGGUCCCAGAAAAUGCUACUAUUCAUAUGGCCUAUGCUUUUUACUUCAUAAGGAGUAUUAAUAAACGGACACAUACGAUGUCAUUGGAAUGGAUAUUUUUCCCUUGUGAGAUCAUACAAUUGUGAAGUUUUUUUUAUAAACUUAGGAUGCCAUUUCUUCGAAAAAGAAAUUGAAGAAUACGAUAUUUUUUACCAAACGAGUACAGUAAAAAUAUUUUACGUUCAGGUAUUCUAUAAAAUAAUUUAAAUUUACGAUUGCGUUGAACAUCGACCAGAAAAUCUUGCUUUCAGGUAGUUUUUAUUGUCGAUUGUACCUUUUACGGGCACUCGGAAAGCGGUUCAUUCAAAUUGGAUAUUCUUACAGGGCCGAAGUAUCUCAAGAUUUUGCUGCGCCAUAAUCAAUAUAACGAUCCGGUCUGAGGAGAUCUUUGUAGUCGACAACACUUUUCAGAAUUUUAGUUUGAACUUUAGGAGAUAGGCAAGGCAUCGUAUAACUCUGAAGCAGUCACCGCAGUCAAGCAAAUUAAUUUCUGCGUUAAGUUUGAAACUAGUGUUGCUCUUGUUUAUCAAUACCAAUGCGUCGUCUUAUGUUUGCUACCACCUAAGUGCUGUUCAAGGAACUUUUGUGAGUCCGGCUGCGCUUUUGGGCGGGAACAUGAACUGGACAAGCAAACAGUUCCCAAAAUUUUUUCAAGUCGCUUUUCCCCUUUCCACACUAGUUGCGGUGAUAAGGAGCAUGUAGCAACAACUUAGAACUACAAAUGGACUUUUAUAUGCUUUCUAGUAGUCUUUAAACUUCAAAUCGUGACAUGACGCAGACUUCUUGAAUGCGGGUUUUCGCUCGCUUUUCUUUCUAACAAAAGUCCACUGCGGCAAAUAUUUGGCUUCGAUGGGUUUGACGUUGAAAUGAUUCCCGUGCUUAAGUGCAAAUAUGAAGAAGUAGUAACUUUUUCAACGCUCUUCUGGAGUUCGAAUUUGUCGGUUGGCGGCUGCCAAUUGAAGAAUGGUUGCCAGAGGCAUUGGAAAAUAGUUUAUUUUAUAAAUUUAUUACUAGAAAUCAUAGUCACCAGCUGGUUGUCAAAGGUGGACUUGAGAAACAGAAAAAGUGUGCUAUCUAGGCGACAGGGAUGUUUUGGUAACGUGGCAGAGUUUGAGCGUAGAGGAAGCUUAUUCCACCAGCCCCAGAAUAAUUUCGUACCAUUAAUCCUUUACUUUUCAUUAUUUAUCAUUCUACAUAGAAGACCAGAGAUUAAACUAAAUGAAUAACAACAUCCUAGUACGUAGCAUAUUUCUUAAACAUGGUGUCUAAUCCGUUUCCUCAAGAGUCGAUUGGUUUUGUUGAGGUAGACGAGAGAGGUCACUCUUUCGUCCCACGGUGCAGAGCGAGUACCACGACAUAAGUUCAGUCAAAAAGAUUUCCAAGUCUGACAAAUCUUGGAUUUCCGCGCAACAGGAGGAGAAGAAAUCAGGCCCAUGGUAGGGUGGGUCGGGUAACUUGGUAUGUGCAACAUCUGUGGCAGAUCAGCGUUCUGUAUAACCAUCUGUUGCCUCUCCCCCAGUUUGUGUGCUCUUGUAUGGAAAGGUUACUUUUGGUACCGGAUGGUAGGACGCCUAGAUGGGUGGCUUUUCUGUUGACAGCGUACGUCCUGCCCCCUCUGCUGGAAAUAGUCUAAACACUACUCUGCCCUUCAGUCUGUUUCUUGUAGGGGGUCGCCUUUUUCAACCACAACUCCGAGACCGCCGCAGACGAGGCGGCCCCAGCGGGUGGUAUCUCCCACUGCGAGGGUUUGGCGGACACGCACCAGCCAUCAACAGCGGGUGGACGGGAGAGAUCAGCGGUUAGCGAGCAACAAGCCCUGUGA